UGAUUGAGUGCAGGGCAGGGAGGACGAGGGCUGCCCUGCCUCCUCUGGUAACAACAAAGUGAUGAAUGACUGAAAUCCCACAAGCCUCCGAGCCCUGCAUGUCGUUACACUUGCACGCCCGUCUUUGUUUGCUUGUCUUUUGUUUGGAGCUGAAUUGCAGCAGACCGGCAGCGGGAGGGCAGGCAUCUCGCGGCGAUGCUGAGGUAACACAACAGGAUGUCCGAUGAAGAGGAGCAGCAGCAGCAGCCGAAUGGGUCCAGAGGCCUGCCAGAAAUCUGCUACAUCACUGACGAGGAUGCGGAGGACGACGGCGAUGAUGAUGAUGAAGACGACGAGAUACCGGAUCAGUCCCACUGUGCCUCCUUCAGCUCAGAGAAUGAGGCUCAGGGAGGUGACACAGCGGCAUGGCAGAGUACCCCUCCACCAUCUACCUCACUUUCCGGGGGGACGCCAGCAAACCCUGCGCCCUCAAAACCCGCUUCGAGACCCCACACUGGGGUCUCCGGCCAAAGGACCACCCCGCCCUCCACUCUGACACAAAAUAGAAAGAGAAGCUCCAAGCCCUCGCACAUGAGACGUAACAUUCGGAAGUUACUGAGGGAGCAUCAGCUGGAAGCGGUCACCAAAAGUGCUCAGCAGGAGGAGCUACAGAGAAGGCGACGUCUGGAUGACCAGAGAAAGCAAGAUUUCCCCAUACCACUGCUGCCUGAAUAUCAAACCGGUGAUGUAACAAAGCAUGCGUCAUCAUCAUCAUCAUCAUCAUCAUCGUCGUCGUCAGUGUCGCAGCAGGAGAUGAGACAGGACGUCAUCCGCCUGGAGUCCAGCAGCAUCGGCACAUGCCAGGAUGUCAAGACCAACAUAUGUGCCUCCGCCACUGAGCUCACACACAAAGCAGGUGCGAUUAAUCUGAGCCAGAGUGAGGACGACACUAUCAGCAGAGACUCCGCCCGCCAUGAUAUAGAGCGUGAGCAAAGUGGCAUGCACUUCAACGACGACUUCAAUCGUCCGGAUGAUCAAGGACGGGUGCUGGUUAACUUGAACCAUCCCACAACAGACACGGACAUUUUCCUCUCACCUCAGCUGGCACGAGCAGUCAAACCUCACCAGAUUGGCGGAAUUCGUUUCCUAUACGACAACUUGGUGGAGUCGGUGGAGCGUUUUGGCAGCAGCAGCGGGUUCGGCUGCAUCCUGGCCCACAGCAUGGGCCUCGGCAAAACGCUCCAGGUCAUCUCCUUCAUUGACGUUCUCUUCAGAUAUACGAAGGCCCACACUGUGCUCGCCAUUGUCCCUGUGAACACAUUGCAGAACUGGCUGGCAGAGUUUAACAUGUGGGUCCCAAAGGCCGGGGACUUGCCCCCUGAUCGCGACCAUCGUCUGGUGAGGCCUCGCAACUUCAAGGUUCACAUCCUCAACGAUGAACACAAAAACACAACAUCCAGGGCCAAGGUGGUAGAGAACUGGGCCCAGGAUGGAGGUGUUCUGCUCAUGGGCUAUGAGAUGUACCGCCUCUUGUCGCUCAAGAAGAACUUUGUGUCUGGCCGGAAGAAGAAGAGCAAGAAAACUGCAGGGCCUGUCGCAAACGACCUGGAUGAGGAGAACCGGCAACAGAAAUUGCUCAUAGGUAUCGAGAGAGCCUUGGCCAGGCCUGGUCCUGAUGUGGUGAUUUGUGAUGAGGGCCAUCGCAUUAAAAACUGCCACGCCAGCACCUCUCAGGCCCUGAAGAACAUCCAAACCAAGCGCCGCGUGGUCUUGACAGGAUAUCCACUCCAGAACAACCUGAUAGAAUACUGGUGCAUGGUUGACUUUGUUCGGCCUAACUUCCUUGGUUCGCGGCAAGAAUUCAGUAACAUGUUUGAGCGUCCCAUUCUGAACGGCCAGUGCGUGGACAGCACACCCCAGGACAUGCUGUUAAUGAAGUACCGGAGCCAUGUGCUGCACAGCAUGCUGGAAGGCUUCGUACAGAGACGAGGCCAUGAUGUGCUGAAGGAGCAGCUGCCCUCUAAGGAGGAGCAUGUGAUCCUGGUGCGUUUGUCUCCACUCCAAAGGGCGCUCUACACGGAGUUCAUGAACCGCUUCAAAGAGGCGGGAAACACCGGCUGGCUCAGCCUCAACCCGCUCAAAGCCUUCUGCGUAUGCUGCAAGAUUUGGAACCAUCCAGAUGUGCUCUAUGAGGCCUUACAGAAGGAAAACUUGGCCAGUGACCAGGACUUGGACCUUGACGACAUCACCUCAGCUGCACCUACACGAUGUCCCGCUGCAGCCAAUCAGAAGCCAAAGCCUCUGGAAAACCCCAUCCCAAUUGGGGGAAUGAGUCUCACCCAUUUGCAGGAGAGGGCCAAUCAGGUCAUCACAUAUGAAUGGGCCAAGGACAUAAUGUGUGAUUACAAGCCCGGCAUUCUGGAGAACUCUGCAAAAAUGGUUCUGCUGUUCCACCUGAUCGAGGAGAGCGUCACAAAGGGAGAUAAACUUCUUGUUUUCAGUCAGAGUUUGUCCACUCUCACUGUGAUUGAGAAUUUCCUGGCUAAGAGGCCGGUCCCGCGUUCUCCCAACACCUCCAGCAGAGACGCAGCCAGCCAGAACUGGGUUCGAAAUCUCAACUAUUACAGACUGGAUGGAAGUACAACCCCCUCAGAGCGAGAAAGAUUAAUUAACCAAUUCAACGAUCCCAACAACACCUCAGCGUGGGUCUUCCUGUUGUCAACCAGGGCCGGUUGUCUGGGUGUGAACUUGAUCGGAGCAAACCGUGUGGUGGUUUUUGAUGCCUCGUGGAACCCAUGUCAUGACGCCCAGGCCGUUUGCCGUGUCUAUCGCUAUGGUCAGAGGAAGCAGUGUCACAUCUACAGGCUGGUGUGUGAUUUCACGCUUGAGAAGAAAAUCUAUGACCGCCAGAUCUCCAAACAGGGCAUGUCCGACCGGGUGGUGGAUGAUCUGAACCCUGUGCUGACCUUCACCAAGAGAGAGAUGGAAUCUCUUCUUCACUUUGCCGAAGAAGAGCCGGAGCCCCGCCAAGUACAGCAGCUGCAUCCUCGGGACAGCAUGGAUUGCGUCCUCGGGAAGGCAUUGUGCCUCUUUCCACACCUCAUCACCAAGCAACCGUUCCCCCACGAGUCGCUGCUCCUGGACCGCAGAGAGCUGAAGUUGAGCACCGCUGAGAAGAAGGCUGCAAAAAAAGGUUACGAGGAAGAGAAGAGGGCAUCUGUGCCAUACACUCGCCCUUCCUAUGCUCACUACUACCCAGCCAGUGACCAGAGCCUCACCAACAUCCCCGCCUUCAGCCAGAGAAACUGGCGACCACCCCGCACUGACGACAAAAUGUCGGCCAAUGUCCGACCGAUCCAGGCCACUCCAGUUCCCGCCGUACCUGGCCAGGUAUCUGUAGGCCCGGCUCCGACUUCCAAAGACUCAUCGGCGUCUAGCCUCGGCGGUUUUCCUGUCAACUGCUUGCAAAAAGCCGGAGUGUUUGUGCAGAAAAUCAUCACCACCACAGAUAUGGUGAUUCCAGGCACCAACAGCUCAACAGAUGUCAAAGCCAGAAUUACUGCAGGAGAGAGCAUCCAUGUCAUUCGAGGUACCAAAGGAACCUACAUCAGGACAUCAGAUGGACGAAUAUUUGCUGUCAGAGCAGCUAACAAACCUAACAUGUCAGAUGAGAAUGCUGCAAUACCACACAAAGAGCCCCAAGAAUCUGCAGACGAGCAGCCAACAGCCGGAAGUAACAGUUGUCCAUCACCUGACCAACAGCAGCCAGUCACGCCCAAGAAUUUGCCCCGCUCCCUUUCCCCCGACAGCCCAGAGAUAAUCAGUGAGUUUCAGCGCUACACCGCACGCAAGGGAAGCCAGCCGGAAAGGGAGGACGGGAGUAAAUUGGACAAUCCGCAUUCAGCGAAACUGGCCCAAAGCAACAGUGGCAGCGGAAAUGUGCGCCACCCUGAAGCCAAAAGAGCGAAUGUCAUCCAGCACAAUAAGGAUGCCACAGCUGCACAAGACUUGAGAACAAGCUCCAAGCGCAAAGCCUCCACCCCGUUGUUGGAUGAGAAGCCGAGAAAGCAGCCGGCUGCUGGCAAACACUUAGCACCUUCUUUAGCCUCCCACGGUUUACCCUACGCCGGUGGCUACGGCCUCCCUCAGGCCUUCAACCCCGCCGUGCUGGGUGGCUCAUUGGGACACCCGCUCUACAUGGGGGCAGGCUUGCCUUUCUUCCACCCUUCUCAUAGUGCCCUAGGUGACCCGAGUUUCAUGCCGGAGCUGUUUGGUUUAGGCACAGUCCCCACCUCCUCCUCAUCCUCUGCACUGUCCACUUCUACUGCCACUGAUGUUUCCUCUUCCUCAUCGCAGCCCUCCUCUGCAUCAAACGCUUCCACUUUGGCUCCAGGCACCCUGCCGCCCUUCAUGCUGAGCCCAAGCCUGUCAGGCAUGGCAGGGAUGCUGCCACCAAGCUUUGCCUUCUCUUAUAGUCAAUCUCUGGCGGGCUUGUAUCGGGGGUCAAUGCUCCCUGGUGGGCUUCCCGGUCCAGCGGCCACUCCUGGUCCAGCUGGAGCAAGCUUUCUUUCACAAUACACUUCAACCGCUGGCUCCAGCUCCUCCUCCUCCUCAUCGUCCCCUUCAUCCUUUUCACCAUCUGCGCACUCUGAAGACCAGAAGCCCAGAGCAAUUGUCAAUGGCAGCAAUGUCAGCAGUCCCAGCAGCUUGGAUGACAACGAGGAGGUAAUUUAAGUGAACAGCCAAUGAAAACCAUGAUGCUUGGGUUGGAUUUGUUCGGAAUAGGAUCUUUCCGAUGAGGGACAACAAACAUGGCGUUGCAUAAAUGACAUCACGUCUCCUGUUUGUGCCGACUGCAUCGACUCAAAUGUCUUGAUGCUGAAUCUCUCAAGUUAGAACCUGUGGACAAUCUUUUACAGGACAGAAGAAAUUUGAAAUCAGAAAGUUUUGGGGCGUCUGCCUUUGAAAUGUAACAAUCACUGGACAAAAAUAGCCCGCAGUGACUGAAAUGGCCUCUUGAUGUUCGUCAUGUAGAGAAAACUAAAUGGCACAUUUGCCAGGGGAAAAAAAUGAUUCGGUAUGCUAACCGGUAGCAAGGGUUAUUAUGCCUGUAUCAGUCUGGUUAUUACUGUAUGUCUGUAUCAGUCAGUAGGGAUGGGUCUAAUCGUAUAUUUAAGAAUUUCAUUGAUUGUUUGAUUGAUCAUCAUGUCCUGAACAUGUUGAGGCUGAAUGGAGUGAGCUACUUGACUGCGGCCAGCAGAGGCACUGUUGGUUCAGCCUCAACCAGAUGUUUGGUGUUUAAAGAGGUGGAGCUUGACAUCACAUCCACACAGACCUGCUGUGGUUGAACUCUCAGGAGCUGCAUUAUUCUGCCUCAUAAAAGUGGCUGCAGGAAAGGAAGAAUUCACAACAUUUAGAGAGAGAAACACUCUCUUUCUGUUACAAAUUUGCCCAUCCGUGUCGUAGUUUGUCACAUCCACUCUUGAUACUGAAUAUUUUUUUUCACAAAUUUUAAAUAGUCCCCCCACGAAUCUGCAGCGAAGUGUUGAUUAGGCGGACACCAAUCCUCUUUUGCGCUUGCCGACAACAAGAGCAAAUGUUGAUUCCACAGCUUGAAAGUUGAUUUUCCGUGGGAAUUUUAAAAAUUGCCUAAAAUGACCAGUUAUAAAGCAAAUUAAUUUACGAAUGAAGUAAGAAUUCUUUUAGGAAAUGAUCUGCAAAACCAAAACACUGUGGAACAUUGUGGUCAUUAAAAAAAAUCGGUAUCAGUCUCUGACAGAUUUAUUGAAUAAUAAUAAUUGAUUUUAUUUUGGUUACUGAUAAAGUGCAAAACAUUCAACCAAACUAUGGGUUUGAGGCAGAACAAGUGAUAUUAAAGCAAAGAUUUAAAGUGUAAACUAGCCACUUGGCCCGGAUAUUGUAAACAUACUGCAAACAGUAUUAUCAUAAAUGUAAUUUAACCACACGGACGGUUUUUUAUGGUUGUUUUUUUUCCCCCCCCCACACAGUCAUUUAUGACGUGUGACAAUAACUUGACGUCAUAUUUAGUAGACGUUUCCGUUACCUGACAUCAUCCUUACUGGAGGUCAAAGUGAAAUGAAGAGACGGGAAAGCGUUGUCUCAUUGCGCAAUACUGUACAAUAAUAAUUCCAACACCUCCAGCAUCGCUCAUCUGUCGGUAAAAGAUAAUAGAAUGCAUGCGUGUUACAUCAUAGACGCGUUCAGUUAACAUUAGAGGACGCGUUUGAGUUGUAAUGUGAACGAGAACAUUUUUUUUAAUUAAUGAAUUGGGCAUCAUGCCCCGCAGGGUGAACGUAGCCUGUCUGACCGCGACAUCUAGCGGCUGGGAUGAAAACUACAUUUAAAUGUGACGCAUGAUUCCUCUUUAUUUCCGCGAACAGCUUUCAAUUCCGCGGAGAACUUUGAAAUCCGCGACGAAUUCCGCGACCGCGGAUGCCUGCGGGGACUAUUUAAAGAAAGCAGAACUUUUUGAAGCAUUUUGAACCCCUCUGCCAGGCGAGGGGCAUCGUGUCUUUCUUCUUGCAAGGAAAUAUAAAGACAGGAUGAUGAGAUAAAACUGUUAAAAAACUUAUAACUCUUAACAGAAUGUAUGCUUAAUCAAUUGCCUUCAAACUAGGCCUUUAUAAAAGACUCCUCCCACUGAGGCAUGUGACAUGGCAUGACAUUUUUUGUGUGUAUUUUAUCUUUGCCUAAAAACCGCCAUGAGAAAAUGAGGAAAAACUGUGCUCUCUUUGUAGCGGGGAAACAACCACCAACAGAAAAUGCCUUUUACCGCUUCACUUUCUGAAUGUGAACUGUGAGAGAGGAGAUGCAAAGAGAGUUAAAAUCUCACCCACAGUCUUACUGUAGCCUAGUGACAAAUGAUGCAAAACACUCGAGCCUAUAUACUGUAUUUGUACAUGCCAACAGGAAUCAAGGCGACUACACCUGAGUUUCAGUUUUAGUGUUGUUGUCAGUGUACGUUUGUUGUCAUUUGAAAUGUGUAAAAAAAGGAAAAAAAUGGUUUGUUGAUAUUCCACCUUUUGCUCUGCUGGUUUUUCAGUGUUAAUUGCACCUCAUUCAUUUGACUUGAGGUUUUUAUUGAAAACAUUCUGGAUGAGAACUUUGCCAAAAACAGCACAUCUACAACCUCAGUCAUCGAGGAUUGUGUCUUAAGUGACCAAAAAUAAAAAAUACUGUUUCCUCAAAUAAUGACCACCCCUCUGGCAUUAACUGUCAUUAUCGCUGUUCAUAGAUGUGGUUGCUCAAUCUCAGAAAGGAUUAACCGUGCUGUGUGUAUAAUGCUAACCAAAAGAAAAGCACUUAAGAAGCACAUGAACUGUCUGCAGUUUUUUCGCAUGUCUAAUAUAUAAGGGUACUGAUAAUGUGUACAAUUAUUCCCGAAAUCAUUUUGUACAAACAAAGAAAGGCCUCCCCAUAUCUGCAGUUCAGUAAACAAAUACCCCUGGCUGCUAUUUGUGGAAACACGCUAAAAAAAUCCCACACAGGUCCAUUUUGUCAAUUUGACUGUGCAGUUAGCACAGCACUACACUGUAAAAUUAGAGACACUUUUAUGUGUAGACAAGGCCAAAAAAAAAAAAAGCUCCAUUGCAUGACCAAGCCCCCUUUUUGAGCUGCAAUCCCGACGCUGAUGCAUUUGACCCCAGUGUAAUCACAUGUGCUCUGACACCAUGCUUAUGUGACAAUGUCGAAGUGAGAGCUUUCAAAACUAUCAGCUCGUUUGUCAAACAAAACAAACUCUUCACAUCCAUAAGCAGAGAAUAAUUGUGAAAUAAUUGUUUUGUGCUUUAUUCUGAAAUUAUGAGUUUACCUGUUUCAUUUUUUAUUUGGACAAUGUUUGAAUUUACCAAGGUUAUUUAUUACAAUGAAUAUUUAUUCAUUUGUAUACUUUUUAAUAUCUUUUGUAUUUUAUUUUUUUUGUACGGUCACAUAAGUUUUGUUGUUACUAAAACUGGAAAAAGCAUUUGGUUUGUCCUGGGGGGAAAAAAAUGAUGCUCUGUUCCAGAUCAUAUUUCAAAUGCAGCUUUUCCAUGUGCGAACCAACCAAUCAGUAAUAACCAGGAGAGUGUGGAGAGAAAGUUUGAAUAAUUAUCUCCUCUGACAGUUCGACAAAUCAUCUCUCAAAUUAUGUUAUUUUGCAUAAUUAGUCAUCCGUCUGAUCUUGCGUUGACUGUCAUUUAAGGUGAAACCUUUUCUAUAUUUGACGACAGAUGCUUUCAUGAAAGGUCUGAAGUAAAUGUCUGCUCACAAUUGGAUAUCACAAUGAUAGGAGACAUUUAAUUGUAUCACACAUAAGCACAACCCACAGUUCAUUGUUUAGAAAGAAUCCUUAUCUUGUGAUUUCUAUUUUUGUUUUGUAUCAGAAAUGAUUGAUGGCAAAAGGUUUGGAUGGCAGUUGCUGUACCAACUGACUUUUGUUUUACAAUGUUUUCAACUUGAACUUGCAUAUUUAUUUAAAUGAAUCAAAGAAGUCCAAUGGGCAGAGUUGUCUGCCUGAACUCCAUUCACAGUGAGAAAAUUGAAACUGCUGUUCUGGAGCACUGACGAAAGUCAAACUCUGAUGUGUAGUGAAUCUAUGGAUUGAUUGAGUGUAUGACCUUAAAUUACAUUACUCUUGUGUAGGCGAGUUCUUUGUUCAUUUGUUAUAAGUUUGACAAUAAAAGAAUUGUGUUCCAAA